UCCGUUUGAGGAGCGCCUUGCCCAUUGUAUUAGUGGUAGAUACGUCGAGGUGUCAUUUUGUUACCCUGACAGUAUUAAACGUAUUUUAACAUUUACGAUAAUGGAGUCUGCAGAUCAAAACAUGCAAAAGGCUUCUGAAGAAAUAAACAAUAUGUCUGCAUCGAAAAGAAGAGCAGAAAUUAGGAGGAGAAAACUGCUGAUGAAUUCAGAAGACAGAAUGAACAGGAUCAUGGGGUUUAAUAAGAGCGACGUAGACGCCAACGAUGACAGACAUACGUUGGAGCCCAGAGUUCCCUUGGAUCAUGGCAGAGCAGAGCCGCGGUCUCUGUCCGCCCAAUCCAAGAGACUUCCAGUCUUCCAGAGUGAGAUGGGGGUGAGCAAUCACCACGGCGACGUGCCUGAGCGUCAGGGGUCUCCCCUGCGGGAGUGCAGGGACCCCGCGGGCCGCAGCGGCGAGGGCGAAAGCGCUGGGGAGGUGCGGCAGAGAUCCCGGGCGGACGUCCCCUCCGACGGCAUCCCCCGCUCCCCCCGCCGCGGGCUGCAGCAGUACCUGUCGCGCUUCGAUGAGGCCAUGAAGCUCCGCAGCCAGCUGAUCAGCGAGAAGCCGGCUCAGGAAAACGGCUCGGGCCCAGAGGAGCUAGAUGCCUUCCGAGUCUUCCGCCUCAUCGGGAGCGUGAUGUUAGCCAUCACUGUCAGGGUCUUUGUCUGCAAGUAUUUGUCAAUAUUUGCCCCAUUUCUUACCCUCCAGCUGGCAUAUAUGGGCUUGUACAAGUAUUUUCCAAAGAGUGAGAAGAAGAUGAAGACUACAGUGUUGACUGCUGCUCUGCUGCUAUCAGGGAUCCCCGCAGAGGUCAUCAACCGUUCCAUGGACACUUAUAGCAAAAUGGGGGACGUCUUCACAGAUCUGUGUGUCUAUUUCUUCACGUUCAUUGUGUGUCACGAGAUCCUCAUCCUUCUGGGUUCUGAAAUUCCCUGAUGUUUGGUUUACCCCUCCCCCCCUCCGCUCUUCCAUGCUUUGGAAGAAAUAAAAUCGAAACCCCUCCUCCCUGUUCCCCUUACAUUCCCAACGCUUCCCGCCUCUUGUCCGGCCCUUGACUAUCAGGGAAAGAUGGACAUAUGGACACUGCCGGUCCUUGAAAGAUCUGGUCCUGAGCGCUAACCUGGUCACGGUUAGCAAAAUGUCUUCUGCACUACCAUACCAUUGCAGGAAAUAACAGAAUUUCUGCUUGUCUUACUAGUAGCUGAAGACAGCACCGCAGUCCAUAUGUACUGAUGGUUAGGUUUUACUUGUGCUCUGGUCAGAAGCAAGGGGUCCAGUUUCUUAUAGUUGAAGGAUUUUUUUUUUUAUUAUUCUGCAUUGUGUAUUUUUGGAUUUAGCUGACUUUUGAUUUUGCUGCUAGUAACCUUUUUUUAAUUUAUGGAAUUUAUAUAUCCACUUAAGCUAAAAACUUUAUACUCCUUCUUCUCAAGAACAUGUUGGUGGAAAGUAAUGCAGUAGCACAAAAUGCUGUGAAGUGCACUGCAGAAACAAAGUCAAGGGUUAACAAUUCUGUACCCAAAUAUGAAAACAGGGUAUGAGCUGUGUGCUGUAUUUGAAUUUUUGGUGUUGGUUGUUCACUGUUACCGUAUUUUAAAUGUUUGUUUUUUUGUCCCUUUAAAUUUGUCAUUAGCCAUUUCUUGGUUAAAAACAUGGAACCUCUGCUAAUUGUGAAACAAGGCUGUUUUAACCUUAACUUCCCAGCCACUGAGUGCUUUGCCUCAUUAAUCAUUAAAAUUGAGUUCACAGGUGAUACUGAUCAUCAAACCUAGAUCUCAUUUAAUUUGAAUAGUUUUGUGUUUAUUUUCACCACUGAUUAAGUGGGACAUCCCCACGCCAGCAAUUUAAGUGGCUUACAAUAAUCACAACUGUGAUAUUUCAAUUAACUGUGGUUAAUGAUAAAUAAGCAUCUUUUACUUGGAGGUCAAUGAGUACUUUUGGUUAAAUUGGCAUCAAGUGAAAAGUUCAUUUUAUUUUAAAGAGGGAAACAUCAUCGUAAACACCGAAAACACAUGCAUUUUAACACAUGCAGUAUGCAUCGGUGGUUUUGUACUCUGAAUGUGGUAAAGUUUGGGCAAGCAAGAGUAUAUAUGGGCUAAAUUCCAUGUUUGCCUGUGCCACCUGUGUGAACUGUGACCUACUCCCAUGUCUUAGUGGCAUGCUUAGGUUAAAUUAACAAUAAAUUAUUUCGUCCGUCAUUUAAAUGUUGUAACCACACAUACUUGUUUUUUUAUUGUAUCACCUCCCUGUCUUGACAAAACAAGGUAAAAAAUGUUGACUGCCAUUUUGUUAUUAAAAUUUAAAGAGCAAUUCUUUUUAGGUCUUUAAUUUUAAACUAUGAUGUACCAGGUUAUACAUCAUCCAGAUUAUCAACCCAUAACAGUGUAAUUGAUGUAUUGGUCAUAAUUUAAAUUGUACAUCUGGGUGAGAUGCAUUUACUGCUGAAAUGUGGAAAAACUACUGAAAACUGAACAAAUUAAUAAAAUAUCAAAGACGGAA